AAUCUGGAAACUAAGCGUGUCUGCAAAUCUAGUAUAAGUAGGGUGAACAUAUUUGGGCUGGUUGCUCUUAACUACUGAUAGUCAUCAAUCAUUCAUCAUGAUCAGAUACCUGUUUCUCACUGUAAUAACUGCAUCAUCUGUCACACUUGCACAAUCAAAACAUUUGUGGAGUCCGGAGUCCCGUAUUUUCAAUGGAGAGGAUGCCAAGAAUGGGGAGUUUCCAUUUAUGGUAUCAUUGAGAGAUGGCCUCAAUACUCGCCAAAUCAUGUGCGGAGGUGCCAUAAUCAGCGAGUACUUCAUUCUGACGGCCGGACAUUGUGUGGAAGGGAAUCUGCCAGGAGACGUGUUCAUUGUCGCGGGAGUGACGAACCUGCAGCAGCGGGGGAAGUGGUUCGCCACCACCAAGAUGAUCCUGCAUCCGGAGUUCAACCGCUCCGACUACAUCAAGAAUGACAUUGGUCUCAUGAAGGUUAACGAAUCAUUUGUAUAUACUGAUGUGAUAAAAUCCAUUUUGCUACCCUCAGUGAGUGAAUAUUUACUAGGAGGGAUUGAUGUCACUGCGAUUGGCUGGGGCUACAGUGCUUUCAUGCCGAACUUCACAUUGCCGAACCAACUGCAGAAAGUCGCCCUAAAGACAGUUGACACUCAGACUUGUCAGUCAGAACUGAAACAGUUCAACGACACCAUAUACGGAAACCUGCAGAUAUGUGUAGAAGGUGCAAAAGGCACGGGAAUGUGCUACGGCGACUCCGGCAGUCCCCUGGUGAGAGGGGGUGACGUGGUCGGGCUGGUGUCAUGGGGCAUCCCUUGCGCUAAUGGCGUCCCCGACAUUUUCACCCGCGUCUCACACUACGUGCCAUGGAUACAGAAGCAACUGGCCCACGACAAGUCAACCACAAAACCUCACAGAGCCACUUGAUUUUCUCACAUACACAGUUUUUAUAUGAAUUUUUAAUCACAUAUGUGACAUACAAAUCAAUAUUGAAAUACAUAUUAAGAAAUUCAGUACUGCCAACAGCAUACUUGAUAAUGCACAGCUGUUAAUGUUAGAACAGGGAUUACUUGUUAGUGAUGCAGUGGACUCCCCUUAACCGACCUCCGCUUUCACCACCUGCAAUGAGUUGCAGAUUAUGUUGACUAAUGAAUGUGCCUUUAACAGCUAGCUUAUUAAGUUCAAUUGAACUGUUGAUUUGUAGUGGUGUUGACAGUUAAAAGGUGGCCAGUUGAGAGGGAGUCCACUGUACUCUAUCAAAUAAAAGUAAAUAAAACUUACUUUUACUAUAU